AAUGCAAAACAAUAAAUUAGAAUUAUAAAUUUAUAAUGUAAAUUAUAAUAUAAAUUUAUACUGUAUUUGAUAUUAAUCACAGAUAUCAAUUACAAUUUAAGAAUGCUCAAAAUCAACAAGCGUAAAAAUUGUGAAUAUAUGAAAUGUUACAUGAAAAAUUAUCGGGCUAGGUCAAAUUUGUUAGCAGAAAUGUUAAACACUGAUACAUUGGUUGCUAAUAAAAAGCUUUUAAACAUUAAAGAUCAUUUGGAUAGUGACAAUACCAGUGAGAAUGAAGAAUUCAAUAGUCCUGAUACAUAUAAAGAUGUAGAUUCAAAUAGUAUGCAAAAUGAUACUGCUUCUCUGCAUCUGUAUGAUGAAGAAUGUAUUUUAGAACCAGAUGAUGUUAGCCCUGUAUAUUCAAGUGAAGAUGAAAUUAAAAUUACUUUUAAAGAAACAAUAUUUGAAUUUUUAACAAAGUUUGCACAAUGGGCUAUUGAAUCUAGAUUGCCACGCGAAAAAAUUAAUGAACUUCUGAAGAUCUUGGAUAAUUGUGGGAGGUUCAACAAAGGUGACAUCCCAAAAGAUGCUCGUGCCUUAUUACACACUCCUCGAACUGUUAACACCGUGCAAACGUCUGGUGGUCAUUUUGGUUAUUUUGGUUUAGAAAAAAGUUUAAUUCAAAAGAAUCUUUCUCUACCUUUUAUUUUCAAAGAUCAAACAGUUUUAAAAUUAAAUAUUAAUAUUGAUGGGGUUCCUAUUCAUCGUUCAAGUAAUCUCCAAUUUUGGCCUAUUUUAUGUGCUUUCCAUGGUAUUAAUACAACUCCAUUUGUAAUAGCUAUAUUUAGUGGUUAUAGAAAACCAUUAAACAUUAAUGAAUAUUUAGAGCAGUUUAUUGAUGAAAUCAACUUUUUGCAGAAAAAUUCUAUGGUGGUUGAUGGCAAGAUAUAUGAAAUAAAGCUUAAUGCAUUUAUUUGUGAUGCUCCUGCCAGAGCUUUUGUUAAAUAUGUAUCAGGCCAUACCUCAAAGCAAGGAUGUGAAAGAUGCACUUGUGAAGGCCAAUCUGUAGAAAGAAGAAUAAUUUUUUCGAAUGCAGGCGAAAGUAGAACAGAUUCUUUAUUUCGGUUAAGACAAUAUCCUAAGCAUUACUUAAGUAAAAGUCCUGCUCUUAAUAUUGAUCAUUUUGAUGUUAUUAAAGGUUUUCCAUUAGAAUCAAUGCAUUUAUUGUUUCUUGGGGUUUGCAGGAGAUAUUUAAUGUUUCUUAAAACAGGGCCACGAAAUGUUAGACUCAGCCAUGCUCAGCUAAAUACUAUAUCAUUAGGCUUAACAGAAUUAUCACAAUAUACACCAUCAGAUUUUAUGAGACGACCACACAGUUUAUUUGAAGUGGAUCGUUGGAAAGCUACAGAGUUUCGGCAGUUGGUUUUAUACACUGGUAUUUUGAUAUUUAAAGGUGUACUUAACGAUCAGCAUUACGAUUUAUUUAAAUCAUUUUUUAUAGCUGUACGGAUUUUACACAUUGAUAAUGAUGAAUAUUUGUUGGGGUUUGCACGUUGCCUAUUUCAAAGUUUUGUCUACAAUGCUAAAAUACUUUGUGGUGAAACCUUCCUUACAUACAAUGUUCACAAUUUACUUCACAUUGUCGAUGAUGUAGAAUAUUUUAGGUGUUCACUUAGUUAUUUAUCUUCUUUUCCUUUUGAAAACUUUUUACAAUGUUUGAAACGAACUGUUCGAGAUGCAAAAACUAAUCCCUUAACAUCAUGCACUAAAAGAUUUUUUAAAGCUUCACAAAUUCAGCUAUCUACUUAAGAAACAAUGUUAAAUAUGAAAGUGUCAACAAUUAGAAGAGACCAAUUCUUUAUUAGUAAGAAUGAAAAAUAUUGUGAAGUUAUUGGAAUUUCAGGAUCAAGUGAUAAUCAACAAUUACUUUGUUUAGUUAUCAAUCCAAGCCAGUUAAAAAGUUUUUUUGAUGUACCUUUAGAUAGUAGACAGUGGGGUAUACUUUGUUGCGACAGUAUUAGAAAAUUGAAGCGUAAAACUGUAACUUUAAAUAAAGCUGACGUUUAUAAAAAACUGUAUGCAAUGAAGUAUGGCGAUGACGGUUUGCUCUUUGUUCCAGUUCUUCACAAAAAUGAAUGCAAACAAUAGUUCAAUUGUAUUUAGUUUUUAGUUAAUUCAAAAAAAAAUUUUCAUUGUUACAAGUAUAAUGCUAUUUUUAAAACAAUUAACAGUUGUUUGCACAUAUAAUUAAGAAAUGAUUUUUUUGUUGUUGUUGAUAUUAUUUUCAUUUAUUUUAACUAUUGACUAUAAUUUACAAAAUGUUCUGUAUUAUUUAUUUUUGAUUGACAAAAAAAUUAAGAUUUUAGAAACUUAUUACUUGCGCUGUUGGUAAUAAUCAUUGCUUCUGAAGUCAUUGCUUCACAGACAAUUUAUGGAUAAAUAUUGUACUGCGGUAUGGAAAGAAGGGUUAAAAACCAUACAAGAAAACAUUCCUGUUUGUUGGAUAGAUAUGAUAGAGAAAUGUCUACGUUAUCCUUCUGAGCCAGAUAGACCUGUCAUUCAAAUGAUUACAGAUUGCACAGAGCCUGACAUACAAUGGUUUUCAUUUCCACUUCAAAAAGUGAAACGUUUUAGUGGAAGACACUGGGUCAGCAAAUGUAGAGCUAAUAAAUACAAAUAAAAACAAUGAUCUUCAAUGUUUUUACAAAGCAAGUGUAGCUAACGAAAAGUUGACAUCAAUGCAGCAUUCUUUAUCUACUAAGAAAGGAAAAGUUCUUAAAGCUUGUUAUGAUACAAUAACAGAAACACUGGUGGAUUAUCCUGUGAUUCAAAAUUUUUUGGAAAAACCAAAUAAUGGU